AUGUCAUUGCCUACCGUCAAGCUCGUGUCUGGCCGAUCUGUGCCGCGACUCAGCUUCGGCAUCGGAACGCAGCAUUACCAGAGUGAUGCCAGUUCGCAAGUCUCCAAAGCGUUGAGUGCAGGCUUCACUUUUCUAGGUGAGGACCGUGCGGUGUUGCGUUCUUCCUCCUCGUUCUCCUCGCUGACUUCACGUUGCUCUGCGUGAUCGUGGCCUCAAAGAUGCCGCCGAAGUGUACAGCAAUACGAAGAGCAUGGGUAAAGCUGUCAGCGAGCAUCUGAGCUCGGGCGUAGCGAGCCGCAAGGAUCUGUUCCUUCUCACCAAGCUGGGCUCACGCGGUAUCCCUGAUCCCCUUGGUGAGACAAAGAAAGAGUUGUCUGAUAUCGGAGUGAGCGACAAAUUGGAUGCCGUCCUGCUGCACUACCCGCCUAGAGGCAAGGAUGGAGCGCCCAGCAACAUCGAGGCAUGGAACAGGCUGGAGAAGGUCAAGGAUGCAGGUCUGGUGGAUGUGAUUGGAGUGAGCAAUUGGACGGCAAAGGACAUUGAGGAGCUUCUGGCUUCCAAGCCCAAACACAAGAUCGAGAUCAAUCAGGUGGAGCUCAACCCUUUCCUCUACUCUCAUCCCGACAUUCAAGCUUUGCUCAAGCUGCAAGAGAGAGAGGGCAUCACGACCAUGUCGUAUGGUUCUUUGACCUCUCAGUACAAAGACUUGAAGCCCGAUAGCAAGUUUCAACAAACCUUGGAAGGCGUGGCGAGCAAGCAUGGCGUCUCGCCAGGUACGGCACUCCUCUACUGGAACUUGCAGCGCACAAACGGCAUCGUUGUGACGACGAGCGGCAAGGAGGAGAGGAUGAAACAGUACGUCGAGGAUAUCAAGAAUAUCAAGACGCUCAGCGAGGAGGAUCUCAGAUCCAUCGAGGAUGCUGCUGCAGCAGAGGGUGCCAAAGGAAAGAAGUACUACAUGACUCCUGUGAGUUGCUAUCGUGACGCACCAUGCCCAGCCAAGUAGUUUGACAGCUGCCACGCUUGCACGUCUCGCUCGCCACAGUUCUGGGAGCCCUGA